AUUCAUAGAACCUAACGUUCGAAGUAUUUGUUUUGCCCCACCACCACCGAGUCACAGCAGAGGCGAACAACUAUCUUCAUUUCAUUUGGUCUGUCUACAGGAGAGUCACAGCACAGUCACAGCAUAACCCUUGUUGUUCCAGUGCAUAUAAAGUUGGAAGAUAUUCGCAGUUUGUCAUUCCCAAUGAUGCGAGAACUCGUCAAAAGUUAUGAAGUAUGGAACUCUACAACUGAAAAGCUGGACCAUAUUGUCAUUGUAUGGAAGGAAAAUGAUAAUUAUUAUCAAUCCGAGCAUUGGGCAACGACCGAACCAUUCAACCUCGACAGUCUUUCUACCUUCAAGUCCAUCCCCAUUCCCAUGCAUAUUUUCAAGGGCCGUUGGCAUCCAUCUUUAACCGAAUCACCUCCUGUACCUCCCACAGGCUCUUUUCUAAAGCGCCCGUGCAUACUCCUGCCUGAUGACUACGACUCAGACGAGCCAGAAAAGCCAGGUGUGUGGACACCUGGAGACUAUCUGGUCAAGGAGGCCAAAGUCUACGAAAUCCUUAAGCAGCACCCUCACCCUAAUAUCUGCGUCUACUAUGGAUGCGUCCGUGAUGUUGAUCACAUCACUGCCAUAUGUUUGAAACGAUAUGGACGCACACUUAUGUAUGCAGUUUGGGAAAGUGAUCCCACCCGAACCAUGCCGCGAUUCUUGACGGUGUUUCGAAAGGGCUCACUUUUCUGCAUGAGACGCUCGGUCUUGUGCACAAUGACAUCAACCCCGCUAAUAUCGCGCUCGAUGACGCGGGAGAUCCUCCGAUUGCCGACCAUCGCUCUUCCAGAAAAUGAUAUUUAUGGCCUGGAACAGAUUGGCGAAUUCAUGAAGGGAAAGCGUUCAUAGAUAUUGCGCCAAUCAUUCAGGAAAAUCUGAAAGGUGGGAUAUGACUAGAAUGCUGCGAUGUGGUUCGGCGUUUGCGCAACGAAGGUCAGGAAGGUAUAUCUGCUGUAGCGAGAAGCGAGAUUAGUACAUUUACUUAUAAAUUGAUAUGAUUGAGAAUUU